CGCCUCGCAUUUUCGCAACAAUAUGUAUGUAUGUCAAUAAUUUUUUUCUUAAGGAAAGUCAAGUAACGUCUUUUCAGAAAUGGAGUUCACCAAGUUUUCGAAGCAAAAUUUUAAACGCCAAAAGCGCAUCACUAAUUUUUCUGCGGAGCAAAAGCACAAAUUAGUAGCUGAGGUGAAGGCAUGGCCCAGAAUUUGGGACUUGGCAGAUAGCUUUCAUAGUGAUUGCGGUAGGAUACCCUGCAUGAACGAGCUGAUGGGUUCACAAAUACAAUCACACGAUUUCGGUCAGCACCGACUCAUAAGUUCGAGUUUACACGGGGACACUUUUUGUCGCCGAAACACCGUGUCGCUGUGCUCGUUGGACACGCUUUGCGCUUCUAUUCGUCUCAGAUGAUUUUGCCACUUUUGAACUCGUUGUAGCUGUCUUAAAUUUUAAAUUAAUGUAUGCCUUAAAUUUGGAAUUUGAAAUUUGUGUUUUUACUACAAUAUUUAUGUAUGUGCGUGGAAACAUGUAUGCCUGUGCGUAUAUGAAUCUAAUUAUCACAGAAAUGGUUCAGAUAAUGGAGUUUGCAGCUAAAGUUGAACUAAUGCAAGAAAUAUUAGAGAGUAUUGCACCUGCCUCUAGCUAGGGCCAACUUUAAGCAGUCUUCUAUUAUUUUUUCCGAAGUUCUUACUACGAUUCUGCCAUUUCGACUUUUAUUCUGAGUUGCUUUUAUAAAAUUCUAUAAUGCAUCAAAAUGAUAGUUAUAUAAUAACUAUCAAUUCAAAAUUUGUUAAAUAUUAAAUGUUGUAUAAGUUUUGUAUUUUCAUUCAAUAUUAAUGCGAUUGGACUACCUGUAGUGAUUGCUUGUAUGUAAUAACAUAGGACAUUGUUAAAUACUUCUGUAUAUCCGGUUUUGCUGAUUUUUUAUUUGUUGCAAAGUUAUU